AUGAGCGAGUGGAUUGAUGAAGCAAUUAAAAAUAGACAUUUGACAUUUCAUCAAUAUAAAGUAUUUAGUGAUGUUCAUGAAAUUGGGAGUGGUUCAUUUGGAACAGUUUAUAAAGCAUAUAAUUCUAACCAUGAGAAACACAUGCUUCAACUACAUCGACAAGUUGAAAUGCAUAAGAAUAUUAUAAGUUUCUAUGGCAUAACCAAAAAUGUAGCAGAGAUUUUAGGAACAAUUGACAUUGAAAACAUAAAACAAAAGAUUACUUUAGAGAGUAAUUUAAUGAAAAAUAUUGAAAAUUUAUCAUCAAAUGCUUUAAAUAAUUCUAAUGUGGAAGUGAAUGAUAUUAAUUUGGAAACAAAUUAUUCUUAUUUUCAAGUUACCAGUACAAUGGAAAAAGAUGUUUCAAAGAUUUCUCAAUUAAUUUUAUCAAUAAUGGGAAGAGAUAAAAAUCAAAUAUUAAUGUAUUGUUCUGGAGAUGGACAAAAAUGGGAUGGUCCUUAUUCUUUUUUUGAUUUUAAUCUAUCAAGUAUUAGUUCAGUAGCUACAAUAACAAAUUUCAAUAUGAUUGUAGCUGGAUUAGCUUUACUUGAGCUUGCAAAGGUUCUUGAAGUGAAUUCUCUACGAAAAGCUUUGGAAUUUGCAGCAAGUAUAUACUGA